AUGGCACACACUACUUCCUCUGGUUACUUCCUCUGGUUAGAAGGAAUACAUUGUAAACAAGGACAAAAGAUGAUUAUAAAAAUUGGAGACGUCAAAACCUUCAUCGAACCACUUUGUACUAAGAGGAUCAUUUUCGUAGACUGUCAAAAUUUGAGGCUGCUGGAUGAAGGACAGGGUCCUAGUUUCAAGAUCAAUUCUAAAGUUUCAGUCAAACACUCAAUUAGCUAG